CAUGGGAAUAGGUAUACAAUAAGUGCUUCAAUGGACGUGUGUGUUACUGAUAAUUCAGGAGGAAUACGUAAAUUUUGUUUACAAAUAUAAAUACAAACGACGCUAUUGUAUUUUAAUAUUUACAGUUCUCAGUAGUACUUUUAAAUAUGACUUCUGCGAUAGAAUCUAUGGUAGUAGAUGAAAAGCAAUUACCAGAAAAACCAAUAGACAGAGAAAAAACAUGUCCACUAUUAUUGCGAGUAUUUUGCAAUACAGGACGACAUCAUAAUAUAAUGGAAUAUAGUAGAGGAAAUGUACCUUCAAAUGAGUUACAAAUAUAUACUUGGAUGGAUGCAACUUUAAGAGAAAUUACAGGAUUAGUUAAAGAAGUAAAUCCAGAUGCUAGAAGUAAAGGAACAUACUUUGAUUUCUCAUUAGUAACACCAGAAUUGCGUAAUUCUGGAUAUCGCAUGCGUGAAAUUGGUGUUACCUGUUCAGGACAGAAGGGUGCUGAUGAUAAUAAAACGCUUGCACAAGCAAGGUUUACAAUUGGUCCUGGUCCUAUAUAUAAAUUACGGACCUUAGUCGGAUAUGAAGAUCAUUGUCCCUCUCGAACAAGAGGUCCAGCAUAUACUAUACGACCUUUUACACAGUUUCACAUAGAACAUAUUGGACCAGGCCCACAAUACAAUGUUUCAAGAUGGACAAAUUAUGGACCAGAUAAUCCACCAGCAUACUCAAUGGCUUUUCGAGAACCUUAUAGAUUAAGAGAUUUAGGACCUGGACCAGGAGCACAUUAUCCAGAACUGUGCCCACCAAUGAACCAUGAUACUAGGGCUCCUGCUUAUACAAUUAAAUCAAGAAGUGGACUAAAAAUUAGUGACACUGGGCCUGGUCCAAAUGCAUACAGUUUACCUACAUGUAUUGGGCCUAACAUUCCUGACAAAGAAGCUCAAGGGGCUUUUUCGAUAGGUGGUUAUCAUGAAAUACGCCAAGAAAAGAUUGGUCCAGGUCCUGCAGGUUAUGGAGCUACAAGAACUGAUCUUGUAAAACGUAGUUCUCCAGCAUAUAGCUUAAAAUGGAGACAUCGAACAAGAGAUACAGAUAUAGAUCCACGGCUACAAUAUCCUCAAUAUAAUACUGGAAGACGAGCACCUAUGUAUUCCUUUGGAGUAAAACAUAGCGAAUGCGCUGGGCUACCUAUCACAGAUUUAGAUGAAGACUGACAUAGAAUAUCUUAUAAAUUGAUGAAAAAUCACAAAAACUGUCAAUUUUAUAUAUUUAUAAAACAGUUUUGUACAUAUUAUUUAUAACUUUUGUGAUGUCCUUUUUUUAUAAUUUCCUUUAUAUGAUAAAAUAUAAAUUGAUAUAACUUUAUAAAAAUGUCAAUUCUUGUAUUGGGAUUGUCCCACCGUAUUACUGUUUGUUAAUAUUUGGUGGUUUCUUUGAUUCGUUGUCCUUUUCUGUGUUCGACAGACUUUAAAUAAUGGAGGAACUAUCGGAUGUAAACGACAGUUUAAUUUAAAAAGAAUUGCUUUUAAAAACUUGAUUUUUAUUAAUAUCACCCCUCACAUAUUAGAAAUAUUAUUAUCGCUAUACUCACUAACAAAUCUUACUGUUUCAUAAGCGCUAUUGGCAUAUUUUAAUCUGAACCGAUAAUGUUGCAUCCGAUACGAAAAUGAUAAAACCACAUAGCUCUUGAACUGCGAGAUAGAAAUCUACAUUAUCGUCUAUGCGAUGGAUAAUGUUGUUAUCGACAGAAGUCUUUUGAUUAACAACACUUUUUUCAACUUUUCUACAAUAGAGGGAAGCACGCUUCGUCUUUUUCCACAUUUUAGAAAUACCAUGCGAGUUACUUGCUUAAAGAAU